CGCUAUAGCAAAUUAAAUCCUGAAACCACGGACGAAAAAUGGCGACGCCCACAAAAGAUCUUGGUCUCCUUUCGAAAUGCCCAACUGCCGAUAUGGAAAAGCUACUCCAUCAAAUAGCAGACAGCCUUGCAGGACAUCAUCGUCCUCGAUAUCAAGAUUAUGGCAAGAUAUGGAGCUUGGAUGAAUGGUUUCAAGUCACCCAGAGUUGUGAGAUGUAUCUCAAAAUGACUGUCAAGAAGGAUUCUACCAAGGAUGAUAUGAAAUCUGCUCUGAAUGGUUUGUCUCAGGACGUUCAGGAUCAGUUGAUGGAGUGUGUGUCGAUACGUAGGGAUGACCUCAAGAAAGCACUUAUUGGGAACACAGCUACUAUCUCACAAUCACAUCUCACAGACUUUGAUUGGAAAUUAAAACUUGCAAUGUCCAGUGAUAAGAUCUCAUCGGUCCAGGAACCUCUAGUUAGUCUAGACCUAAGUUUGACAGAAGAUGGAACCAAUAGACUGGUCUCAUUAGAACUUGACAAACAAGAACUCCAGAAAUUGGUAUCAUCUCUGGAAACUGCUAAUCGGGCUGUGCUGCAACUAAAGACGUGAGAUCUUUUGAUUCUUUUGAAAGCAAUCUGCUCAUCACACUAGGCUAGACAUUCCAUUAGACUCAUGGAGAAGUGACAUUCUAUGCAUUUUAUCAAGAGAGAGAUAAAGAGAGCAAACAUGGAUUUUCAUAGAUGGGUCUUAUAUGACCAAGAGUUCCUGGUGCAAAGUAUAUGUAGAAUUUGGAUUUCAGCACAGAGAAUUUGAAUCAUGCUUGGGAAAUAAUUUUGAAUAGAUAAGGACCAUGUUCCAUGAAGCUUAUCAAUUACAACUGCUAGGAUUCUGUGACAUGUUUGCUCUCAGCCAAUCAUAUGUCAAUAUUCUAGUAUUUUGUAUCUUGUUUGAUAAACAGUUUUGUGGAACGGCUCAUUUAUACAGGAUCGUCAGGAAAGGAAAUCCUUGAA